AUCCACCGGGUGUGAGCUGUGUUCACUACCAUUACUUCUUCCUUUGUUCUCAAUUAUGUCUGGGACGGUGGCUCUGCAGAUCCCCAGAGGCCUUUGGACAACAGCUGUGAUGGUGAUGCUGAUGGUGUUGAGCACCCCAGGGGCUGAGGGCAGAGACUCUCCACAGGAUUUCCUGUUCCAGCAUAUGGGCCUGUGUUACUUCACCAACGGCACGGAGCGGGUGCGGCUAGUGAGCAGCUACAUCUAUAACCGGGAGGAGUACGCGCGCUUCGACAGCGACGUGGGCGAGUACCGGGCGGUGAGCGAGCUGGGCCGGCCGGCCGCCGAGUACUGGAACAGCCAGAAGGACAUCCUGGAGCGGGAACGGGCCGCGGUGGACACGGUGUGCAGACACAACUACAGGAUUGAUGAGAGGCUCACGGUGCAGCAGCGAGUGGAACCUACAGUGACCAUCUCCCCAUCCAGGACAGAGGCUCUAAACCACCACAACCUGCUGGUCUGCUCGGUGGCAGAUUUCUAUCCAGGCCAGAUCAAAGUUCGGUGGUUCCGGAAUGACCAGGAGGAGACAGCUGGCGUUGUGUCCACCCCUCUUAUUAGAAAUGGGGACUGGACCUUCCAGAUGCUUGUGAUGCUGGAAAUGACUCCCCAGCGAGGAGAUGUCUACACCUGCCAUGUGGAGCACCCCAGCCUCCAGAGCCCCAUCAUGGUGGAGUGGCGGGCACAGUCUGGAUCUGCCCAGAGCAAGAUGCUGAGUGGCGUUGGGGGCUUUGUGCUGGGGCUGAUCUUCCUCGGGCUGGGCCUCGUCAUCCGUCACAGGAGCCAGAAGGGGCUCGUGCACUGACUCCUGAGGAUGCUUUGACGGGGAUUGGUUUUUGCUCUUCUGUAAUAGCUGCCUGUUCUUGCCCAGAAUUCCCAGUUGCCUGUCAACCUGUUCCUCUGAGAUCAGGUUCCUCCAUUAACUCUGACACAGUCACCAGGUUACCCCUUGCCCUGCCCCAAGGAUUUGACUGUGAUGCUGCUUCCUGCACUGACCCCGGAGCCUCUGCCCGUGUACUGCCAACAGCGUCUACUGAGCGUCUACUCAGACCCCAAGGGAUUUUUCUGUUUGCAUUCUCCCUCCGCAGACCGCUCAAGAGAAGCACGUUGAAACCAUUACCUGGCUAUAGGGUAUAUCAUAAUUAAACAUGAGUAUGAGUUAUCUAUA